AUGGCAGCGAUCAAGACAGAACAUUCGCGCGGCCGCUCCCCCGGCCCGGCUGCCGACCGACGCGCUUCGGUCGAGAACGACGUCGAGGACCACGACUCGCCCGCGCCUGCAUCAAACGACGGCGCGCCCGCGCGCACCAGCAAGAGGCGCAAGCGCUCCGAGCUCUCGCCCUCCUCCAAAGCUACGCACAGCAUCAUCGAGAAGGAACGCAGGGAAGCCAUGAACGAGAAGUUCUCCGAACUGGCCGCCAACAUUCCCGAGCUCGUGGAAGCCAUGGCGGCCGGCAAGCGCCCCACCAAGGGCGAGAUCGUCAAGGCGAGCAUUGCGAGGCACCAGGAGCAGGAGAGGCGGGUGCGCGAGCUCAUGCACGAAGUGCAGAUGCUGCGUUCGCGUAGCGCUACUCCCUCCAACUACGCCGUAGACAGCCCGGCGCCCUUGGCCGCACCUGCCGCAGAGCCAGUCACGCAAGCUGCACAGACUCUUGCCAUGCCGUACCAGAUCCAGUCGUCUCACCCGAUUGGAGUGCCUGCUUCGCAGGACAAUCUGUGGAUCGGUCAGCUGCUUCACAAGACGGGCGAGCCGCUUGCCAUGUCGACCGAGCACCCGCCGCUGUCGCUCCUGCCGGAUCUGGCCCAGCCCAUCUCGCCGUUCAAGCAGACCUCGAUGAUGAACUGGAGCAUGUCGGCGCUGCCCCAGCCGCUCGACGCUUCCACGCUGACCGUCGGCUUUGCAGCAUCGAGCUUUGCAAAGGGGCUCAUGGACGGCAGCGGCACGUUGGAAUACCUAGGCCGCCGCAACAGUGUCAUGGGUGGAAUGACGUCGACCUCGGGCUUUUCGUCGCCCACCUUUACCUCGUCUGACAGCGACUCGUCGUUUGGCACCGACGCUUUGGACACCAGCCUGGACGACCGCAAGUUCUUUGCCGACGGCAUGUCGUUUGAGCCGUUUGCCAUGCCGUCGGCGGUGGUGGAACAGACGCCGUUGAGCUCGCUCGUCGGCCUGCCUUCGACAGAACACGCAAGCACUGCUCCGGCCGGUGUCGCGGACAAGAAGCCGCGUGCGCGCACCAACAGCCGCCGUGCGCGCAUGGACGAGGCGGCGAGAUCCGAGUCGUCCAUCUGGAACUCGCCGCUGCCUUCGGCAUGCCUGCCCGCAUCUAGCUAG